UCUCUAUCUCGCUCUCUUCAGUUGCCAUGUCUUACACUAAGAAACAUGCCAAAAUCGAUCAAUGGCCAGAGAAAGAAAAGGAGAAAUACACUAAAAACAGAGAAACCCUAAAGCUGACAAUUCCAACUCUUCUUCUCUUCUGCUCCGUUUGUCUCAUCUUCCUAAUCCUCCUUUUCCCAUUCACCUCUCCACCACAAACAACAUCAUUUCCAGCCUCGUCACUCCCUCGCACGUGCUUCCAAAACUUCACCGUCUACGUCUACGAUCUUCCCAAAGAGUUCAACACCAACCUCCUCCAAAACUGCCGACACUUGAACAUCUACACCGACAUGUGUCCUCACGUGGCCAACAACGGUCUCGGCCAGCCUCUCCGCCGCGACAGCAAAACGUGGUUCGCGACGCACCAGUUCAUAGCCGAGAUGAUCUUCCACGCACGUGUGGAAAACCACCCGUGCCGCACUUUAGAGCCAAGCAAUGCCGACAUUUUCUACGUUCCCUUUUACGGUGGGCUCUACGGUUCUAGCGUGUUCAGAGAACACAACCUAACGAAGCGCGAUGAGGUAGCCGUUAGAUUAGUCGACUACGUGAGCGGUCAACGAUGGUGGAAGAAAAGCAACGGUCGAGAUCAUUUCUUGGCGAUUGGGAGAACAGCUUGGGACUUCAUGCGAGCUAGUGACGAGGCAGGCACUGACUUUGGAGCAAACACACUCAUGGUAAUGCCACGUGUCAUGAAUAUGUCGGUGCUGACCGUGGAGAGGCAGCCGUGGAAAGGUGACAAUCAGUUUGGUAUACCGUAUCCUUCUUAUUUUCAUCCGUACACGUCAGCAGAGAUGGUGACGUGGCAAGACAAGAUGAGAAUCGUCGAGAGACCUCACUUGUUUAGUUUUGUCGGUGGGCCGAGAAAGGGCUUGGAAAAAGCAGCGAUUAGAGACGAGCUGAUCAGGCAAUGCGCCGGCUCGAGCCGUUGUGAGCUUCUAAAGUGUGAAAGUGGAGGGACCAGGUGUCACGAUCCGAUGACGGUAUUAGGAGUGAUGGCUCGGUCGCGGUUUUGCCUACAAGCACCAGGGGACUCGUUCACGCGAAGGUCAACAUUCGAUGCAAUGUUAGCCGGGUGCAUACCGGUGUUUUUUUCACCACACACCAUGUAUACUCAGUAUAUGUGGUAUCUUCCUGACGAUAGAAGAAGUUACUCGGUGUUUAUGGACGAAAAGAAUAGCACUCAGAUAGAACAUGAGCUUUCGAGGAUCUCGGAUAGUGAGGUGGUUAUGUUGAGGGAAACAAUUAUAAAUUUGAUCCCGAGCAUGACUUAUGCGCAUCCAAACGCUACAAACUACGAUUUGCUGGAUGCUGUUGAUGUAGCUUUAGAGGCACUAGCUAAGCAAGCAAGAGGCAAGGUUGUGUAAUUAUUGUAAGCCCUAUAUUUUAAAUAUUUUUUUGGAUAUAAAUAAUUGGCAGAAAAG